CGUGAGCGGCGGCGGCGGGGCCUGGCGCAGCGGCGGAGCCUCGAACGGGCGCGGCGUGUUCCUGAGACCAGCGGGAACCGGCGGGAGCCGGCUGGCGACCGGAGCGAGGCAGGCUACCCUCGCAGGCUAACCUCGGCUGCGGGCCCCGCCCCGCCUGCCCGCCUGCCAUGGACCAGGACUAUGAGCGACGGCUCCUGCGACAGAUCAUCAUCCAAAAUGAGAACACCGUGCCGUGUGUCUCAGAGAUGCGGAGAACCCUGACACCAGCCAACUCCCCAGUGUCCUCUCCCAGCAAGCAUGGUGACCGCUUCAUCCCCUCGCGGGCCGGGGCCAACUGGAGCGUAAACUUCCAUAGGAUCAAUGAAAAUGAGAAGUCCCCCAGCCAGAACCGCAAAGCCAAGGAUGCCACCUCAGACAACGGCAAAGAUGGCCUUGCUUACUCCGCACUGCUGAAGAAUGAGCUGCUGGGUGCCGGCAUCGAGAAGGUGCAGGACCCACAGACAGAGGAUCGGCGGCUGCAGCCAUCCACCCCAGAGCACAAGGGUCUCUUUACGUAUUCCCUCAGCAGCAAGCGCUCGAGUCCAGAUGAUGGCAACGACGUGUCCCCAUAUUCUCUAUCCCCAGUUAGCAACAAAAGUCAGAAGCUGCUGCGGUCGCCUCGGAAGCCCACGCGCAAGAUUUCCAAGAUUCCCUUCAAGGUGCUGGACGCGCCAGAGCUUCAGGACGACUUCUACCUCAACCUGGUGGACUGGUCCUCCCUCAAUGUGCUCAGCGUGGGGCUAGGCACCUGCGUGUACCUGUGGAGCGCAUGCACCAGCCAGGUGACCCGGCUCUGUGACCUCUCCGUAGAAGGGGACUCAGUGACUUCCGUGGGCUGGUCUGAGCGGGGGAACCUGGUGGCAGUCGGCACACAUAAGGGCUUCGUGCAGAUCUGGGAUGCUGCCGCUGGCAAGAAGCUAUCUGUGCUGGAGGGACACACAGCGCGCGUGGGGGCGCUGGCCUGGAAUGCUGACCAGCUGUCAUCCGGUAGCCGGGACCGCAUGAUCCUGCAACGGGACAUCCGCACACCAGCACUGCAGUCAGAGCGGCGGCUGCAAGGCCAUCGACAGGAAGUAUGCGGCCUGAAGUGGUCCACAGACCACCAGCUGCUCGCCUCGGGGGGCAAUGACAACAAGCUGCUCGUGUGGAACCACUCAAGUCUAAGCCCUGUGCAGCAGUACACGGAGCACCUGGCAGCCGUGAAGGCUAUUGCCUGGUCACCACACCAGCAUGGACUGCUGGCCUCUGGUGGUGGCACUGCCGACCGCUGCAUCCGGUUCUGGAACACUCUGACAGGCCAGCCUCUGCAGUGCAUUGACACAGGCUCACAAGUGUGCAACCUGGCCUGGUCCAAGCAUGCCAACGAGCUGGUGAGCACACAUGGCUACUCACAGAACCAGAUCCUCGUGUGGAAGUACCCGUCCCUUACACAGGUGGCCAAGCUCACUGGCCACUCGUAUCGUGUCCUCUACCUGGCCAUGUCCCCUGACGGGGAGGCCAUCGUCACUGGAGCUGGAGAUGAGACCCUUCGGUUCUGGAACGUCUUCAGCAAGACACGCUCUACAAAGGAAUCCGUGUCUGUGCUCAACCUCUUUACCCGGAUCCGAUAGACCCGCAGGCGGGAUGCACGGCCCCAUGGGCAGAGAUGGAGUAGCCAGCAUGCAUGGGCCCUGCUGUACCUACCGUUCCCAGACGCAUCUGGCGGGCGGGAGUCGGGCCGGAGACCCCAGAGUCUCAUUAAAUGCCUCAUUGGGA